AUGCGUCUCUCCCAAUGUCUGACUGCAGCAUUCCUCUGCAGCGGCGCCACCGCCUUCGUUCCCUAUACUUUCCAUCUCCCAGUCUCGCCCUCCUCUCCCAUCCAGAACUCUCCCAUCCGUCGCUUUCUACCAUGGAAGCUCCUCACCGGCCAUGAGGAACCCGAAGAGGAUGACACCAGCAGUCUGGUGCGGCGCGAUAAUCAAUACAAAGUCGUCAUGUCGGAUACCCCGUCCAAAUCCAACAUUAUCGCCCUGAAUCAAGACGGCAAUGACUAUUCCUACUUUGUGACCGUCACCGUAGGCUCCCAGGACCAGAAGAUGUGGAUGAUGUUGGAUACCGGCGGCGCCAACACCUGGCUCUUUGCAUCGGAUUGCACGUCCGAUGCAUGUAAGCUCCACAACACCUUCGGCGAACAGGACUCCUCGACUCUCUCCAUGUCAUCCGUGCCGUUUGAGGUGGGCUACGGAACGGGGCAAGUUAGUGGUCUGCUGGCGAACGAUACCAUCUCGAUCGCCGGUCUGGAAGUUCCCGUGACCAUGGGGCUAGCGAACAAUGCCACCAACGAUUUCCUGUCCUAUCCGAUGGACGGGAUCCUGGGAAUGGGUCGCUCCAACGAUACCUCGUUCGGAUACGCGACGUUCAUGGACCACGUUGCGGACACCAAGCGGUUGACGUCCAACAUCGUCGGCUUCAGUCUCCCCCGCAGCUCCGACAACGCGACAGACGGCACCGUCUCGUUUGGCGUGGUCGAUACGACCAAAUUCUCCGGAGACAUCACCUAUACCACUGCAUCCGCCACCAGCGACCACUGGAGCAUCCCUGUGGACGACAUGAGCGUGGAUGGCAAGGCCUGCGGCUUCUCCAACAAGUCCGCCAUUAUCGAUACCGGGACUUCGUACGCUUUACUACCGCCCGAUGAUGCGAAGACACUGCACAACUUGAUCCCCGGCGCCACGCCCUCGGGAGAGAAUUUCCUCAUCCCCUGCGACUCCAGUGCCGUCGUGAAUGUCACUUUCUCCGGGGUCAGCUAUACCAUUUCCCCGAAGGACUAUCUGGGAGCCAAGGUCGAUAACGGAUGCAUCUCGACCAUCAUUGGGAAACAGCUGUUCUCAGCGAAUGACUGGAUCCUGGGGGCGACCUUCCUCAAAAAUGUCUACACGGUGUUCGAUUUCGAUAGUGACCGGGUUGGUUUCGCACCCCGUGUAUACUCCACGGGUGAGUCGACAUUGGCUGUAAGUUCCACGACGGCCCAAGCCGACACGGCGACAACGACGUCCACCAACGCUGGGUCAACCACCUCUGGUUCGACCAGCUCGGCUACCUCCGCGGCCGACACCUCCCGCACGGUCGCCCGGUACGCGCCGGUCUUGACUGCUGCCCUCUGCUUCAUGCUUCUUUGA